AUGGAUAAUUCAGGAGAAAAAUUAGAUUUAGAGGAUUAGCAAAUCAAACCAAUUUAAGAUUCCUAAGAUGAUGAUACCUUAAAUACUAAUAAGUCAGAGUUUGUAGAUAAUCAUUAAGAAAUCAAUCAUGACCAAUAAAAUCUCAUUGCAUCAUUACAAGAAGAUUAUCAAAGUCAACUAGAUUAAGCCAAAAAAGAAAAUGAAUCACUUGUCCAAUAGAUUUAAUCUUUGAAAGACUAGUGUCAUUAAUAAGGUGAAAUGAUAGAGGUCAACAAUAUGGAAUAUCAAACAAUAAUUAAAUCUCAUGAAAAUGUUAAUAUGGAAUUAACUUAAAAAUAUGAGAAGGAGUGUCUAGAAUUUUAAUAAGAAAUUUAAAGACUCCAAAAUAGAGAAUCAGAUUUAUAAAUUGAGAUCUAAAAAUUAAAAGAUUAAAUCGAAUAAAUUACUCAAGAUCAUCUAAAAGCUUAAGAUAAAAUACAAGUGUAGAAUGAAUUAAUAGAUCAAACAAAAUAAGAAAAUCUUAUUAAUUAAAAUGCUUUAGAAGAAAAUUCUAAUUUGAAAAAAGAGAUUGAAACACUUAAUUAAAAAGUUUAAGAAUAAUUACUUUAAAUUGACAAGUUAAACAAUAAUCUAAUAAUUGAAAAACAAUAAGAGAAGGAAUUAUUCUUAUUGGAAAAAUAACAACUCUAAACUUAACAUGAAACAUAUCAAUCUGAAUUGUUAAAUGAAAUUGAAGCCUUAGCAUAAUUAUUGAAAAAAUCUGAAUUAGAACACUAAUAGAUUGAUGCGUAAUAAGAAUAAAGUAGGAAAGAAAUGGAAAUUGUAACAGAAAAAAACUUAGAAUUAGAAAAUUUAAACAAUGAGUUGACUAAGUAAUUAGAGGCAUUGAAUAUAAUGGUGCAAGAGUUGAAUUAAUAAUUCUAAGAUUAAGUAAGACAACACUCUAUACUAAAAGAAUAGUCAAUCUAGGAUAAUGAAAUGAAAAAUAAAGAAUUGGAAAUUCUAAAUUAAUAGAUUUAAAAUGAAUUACAAUAAAAAGAAUAGCUUGUAUCAAAUAAUCUAAGUGUAACUGAAAAAGUUCAAGAAUUAGAAAAUUUAAUUGUUCAACUUAGAAAUUAGUCCAAGAUUUCGGAAGAAAAAUCUCAAUUAGAGAUUGAAGUUAUGUAAUUAAGUUUAGAGGAUGCCUAAGAAAAAGAAAAAUAGAGUAUUGAACAAGAAAAUCUUCUAAAAGUUAAAUUUGAAGAACUAAGUAUAAAAUAUGAAGCUUUAGAAAAAUAAUUUAGUGAAACUGAGACAUUAAAACAUUAAGAGAUAUCAUAAUUAAAAAAGGAAUUAGAAAUUUAAUAGAAUCUAUCUGAAGAAUUAUAAAAUAAUUUAGCCUCACUAAAUGAAAAUCAUAAAACUGAAUUGGAAUAAUUAAAAAUUGCGAUGGAUGAAUAAAAUAAAUUUAAUCAUGAGUAGGAAAGAUUAAAUAUCAUGUAGCAAUUACAACUGGAAAGUUAAUAAUAAUCUGAGGUUUUAUAAUAGCAAUAAGGAUUAUAGACUAUUGAAGUAGAGGAAUUAAAACAGUAAAUUCAACAAUUAGAAAUCUAAAAUUUAGAGUAGAAGAAAUUAUUAUUGGAAUAAUUAGAAAAAAAAGAAAAAGAAUAUUAAUAAGAAGUUGAUUUAUUGACUCGAUAGAGAAUGGAAUAAGAUGAAAUUAUUCAAUCUCUUUAAAAGUCUUAGACACUUUUAAAAGAGAAGGACUCAUAAAUAGAUUAAUUGAAUUUACAAUUAUGUGCGAAUUAAGAAGAUCAGUAUAAUAUGGAAUAAAAAUAUGAAAACAGAUUAUUAUUACAAAAAUAGAAACAUGAAUCUCAGAUAGAUGAUUUACAUAGGCUGAUUUAAGAAUUGAAAUAGUAAUUGGAAACUGUGGAAAGUGAGGGAAAGAUGAUGUAAAAUAGUUUAAAUGAUAUGGAAGUUUUAGAUUUUAAAUGUAAAGAAUUGAAGACUGAAAAUGAUGAUCUUAAAUAAAAGAUUCAAGAAAAAUAAGCUUAGAUUGAUGAACUAAAAUUAAAGGUUGAAGUGAACAAUGAUUAGGAUGAAUAAGAACAAGAUAAAGAUAAAGAUACUUAAAUAGAAGAAUUAAAUGCCUACAUAUUAAAAUAAGAGGAAGAUUACUCAGAAUAAUUUGAACAAUUAGGAACUUAAAUUGAAAAGUUGAAGAAUUAAAUCAAAUAAUUAGAAUUAGAGAAUUAAGAAUAAUAAAAAGUGAUUGUAUAAUAGUAAACACAAAUAUAAACAAUAACUUAAUAGUAACAAUCCCAAUUACAAUCUAUAUUGUAAUAAUAACAAUUGUAAUAGCAAUAGUAAUAGUAAUAACAAUAAUAAUAACAAUAUUAGUAAUAAUAAUAACAAUAUUAAUAAUAAUAAUAAGUUAAAUAAAAUACAGAUUAAGGUAAUAUAAACCCUUAUUUAUCAAAUAAUUAAUAGGCACACGCAUAAGAGAAAACCGUAACAAUACCUGUAAAAGAGCUAUAAAAUUGGGAUAAGAAAUCAAAAGAUUAAUUAAAUUAGAUUAAAUUAUUACAAACAGAAAUAUCUUAAUUAAAAUAGCUCCAAGAGGAAUAAGCAAAAGUAUUAAAUACUAAACAGCAAAAAACUAAUCUUUCCAUGGAAAGUCUAGUAUAGAAAUGUUAGGCUUUAUAAUAAAUUAUAGAUGAUAGUAGUGUUAUAAAUUCUAAGAUGAGUGCUGAAUUGGGAUUGUAUAAAUAAUAAAAUUCAUAGCUUAAAGAAGAUUUAAAGUUAUGUAAUUCAGAAUUACGAGAUUUGAGAAUUAUAUCUCAGAAUAAAUUUAAAUUAGAAAGUGAACUUUAAUAAGCAUUAAAUACCUUAUCUGAAUAUCAAGACUAAUAGAACUUAAUAAAAUAACUGGAAAGGGAGAAUGAGAGAAAAAAAGAAGAGUUGGAUAAUAAUUUAAAGUAGCUUAAAUAAAAUGAAAAGUAAAGAAUAAAGUUAUAAGAAAAGUAUGAUGAAGUGUGUGAAGAAUUAGGCAAGACUUAAAGAUAAUUAUAGAAUACUCAAUCAGAAUUGGAUCAAAAAUCGAUAAAAUUAAAAGAUUUGGAGAAGAUCUUGUCUACUUAAUUUUAAGAGUUUUCCAUUUUAGAGUAAAAGUAUAAUGACUAAAAUUUGGUUAAUGAUGAUUUAAGAAAUCAGUUGAAACUCUUACAAAAAAAAUACGCUUAGGAAACUGAAUAAUUAACACAAGAUUUAAUGUUAAAAUAAAAAUAAUUGAUGUAAUUAGAGGAAUAGAAUCAUAAUAUGUCUAAAGAUUUAUAAUUGAUGAGAGAUAUGUAGUUUAGAUAAAAGCCAGUGGUUGAUGCCCCAUUAACAAAAAAAGAAAAAAUAGUUGUUGAAUCUUUAGCGAAUAGAGUUCAAGAAUUGGAAAUUCAAAACAAAACUAUAAGAGAUUAAUACAAUGGCAAAAUUACUGCAUUGACAAAUUAAUUAGAUGAAAAGAUAGCGUACAUAUAAUCAUUAGCAUACAAUCUCACCAAGGCAUAUCCUAACUUGUCAGAAGCAGAUUUAAUUGAUAAAGAAGACAUUAAAUUAAUAUAAUCCUUAAGAAAGAAAUAAAACGUGCAAGACAUUUUAGAGAAAACCAUGAUUGAAAAUUUGCAAUUAAGAGAUUAAAUAAAAUUACUAGGGGCUGAGUUGAAUAAAAGAAGAUGA